ACUGGCUGAAGCGCUGAAAAAGUGAAAAAAAAACGACGUCGCAAGUGAAAAAACCCGUGAAAAAGUCCUAUUGUCCCGAAAUAAACGCAAAUCAAAGCGAAAAUGAAUGAGGAAUACGACGCCAUCGUCCUGGGCACGGGCCUCAAGGAGUGCAUCCUGAGUGGUAUGCUGUCCGUGUCCGGCAAAAAGGUGCUGCAUAUUGAUCGGAACAAGUACUACGGGGGGGAGUCGGCCUCAAUUACACCGCUGGAGGAGCUCUUCCAACGCUACGGUCUGGAGCCGCCGGGCGAAAGAUUCGGGCGUGGCCGCGACUGGAAUGUGGAUCUGAUCCCCAAGUUUCUGAUGGCCAACGGGCAGCUGGUGAAGCUGCUCAUACACACGGGCGUCACCCGUUAUCUGGAGUUCAAGUCCAUUGAGGGCAGCUACGUCUACAAGGGUGGAAAAAUUGCCAAAGUUCCGGUGGAUCAGAAGGAGGCUUUGGCAUCCGAUCUCAUGGGUAUGUUCGAGAAGCGUCGCUUCCGCAACUUCCUCAUCUAUGUGCAGGACUUCAGGGAGGACGACCCAAAGACCUGGAAGGAUUUUGACCCAACCAAGGCCAACAUGCAGGGCCUGUACGACAAGUUUGGGCUGGACAAGAACACGCAGGACUUCACCGGCCAUGCCCUGGCCCUGUUCCGCGACGACGAGUAUCUGAAUGAGCCGGCGGUGAACACCAUCCGGCGCAUCAAGCUUUACUCGGACUCGCUGGCGAGAUACGGCAAGUCGCCCUAUCUGUAUCCCAUGUACGGAUUGGGUGAGCUGCCCCAGGGCUUUGCCCGCCUGUCGGCCAUCUACGGCGGCACCUACAUGCUGGACAAGCCCAUCGAUGAGAUUGUCCUGGGCGAGGGUGGCAAGGUGGUGGGCGUGCGCUCCGGCGAGGAGGUAGCCAAGUGCAAGCAGGUCUACUGUGAUCCCAGCUACGUGGUCGAGAAGGUGCGCAAGCGUGGCAAGGUUAUACGUUGCAUUUGCAUCCUGGAUCAUCCGGUGGCCAGCACCAAGGAUGGCCUAUCCACUCAAAUCAUCAUUCCACAGAAGCAGGUCGGUCGCAAGUCCGACAUUUACGUCUCGCUGGUGAGCUCCACCCAUCAGGUGGCUGCCAAGGGCUGGUUCGUCGGCAUGGUCUCGACCACCGUGGAGACCGAGAAUCCCGAGGUGGAGAUCAAGCCCGGUCUCGACUUGCUCGAGCCGAUCGCACAAAAGUUUGUCACCAUCUCGGACUACUUGGAGCCCAUCGACGAUGGUUCCCAGUCGCAGAUCUUCAUCUCGGAGUCGUAUGAUGCCACCACGCACUUUGAGACCACUUGUCUGGAUGUGUUGAACAUAUUCAAGCGCGGCACUGGCGAGACAUUCGACUUUUCCAAGAUCAAGCACGAGCUGGGCGACGAGGAGCAGUAAGCGUGCAAAGCAUCAGAUCAGCAAAGCACAGAAGACGACGCCUCAUCCCCCCCAUGGUUAUGGUGCAUUUGGACACAGCUCAGCAUCAGCCACAAAACAUUUGCUAGACACG